AUGCCGACUAAAGCUUAUCUUUUAUUGCUGUCAUUCAUUUUGUGUUUGUUUAUUAAGAUAACCAUUUCAACGAAAAUAUGGACUCCUAUCUCAUUUGCAAGAAAUUAUUUUCUGAUGUCUGUUCUCUCAUUGGUGAGCUGGAAUAUCGACGGUUUGGGUGACGAUUUGGCACCAAGAAUGGAUGCCGUUUACAACGUUUUGAAAAACAUCGAGCCAAACGUUAUCUUUCUUCAAGAAGUGGUCAGAAGUGUCAUUGGUUCGCUUGAACGACUCAGAGAAAGCUACGAAAUCUUUUACUCUGAUCGCUCAUGUCGAUAUUUUACAGCCAUUCUCGUCAAAAAACCUUUCAAUUUUUUGAAACACAACGUGCAUGCCUUCGAAAACUCAAAAAUGGCCAGGACUCUACAAACCAUUGAGGGUGAGCUUGGCUCCAUGAAAGUCUUCCUUUUGACCACACAUCUUGAAAGUUUGGGUGAAAACAAGAAAGAACGAAAGGCACAACUUGAUUAUUGCUUGCAAAAGAUGAAGGAAAUCGCUGAAAACAAUCCAGAUGCUGUCGUUUUCUUCGGUGGUGAUCUCAAUAUUCGGGAGAAAGAGAUGCCAGAGCUUCCCGCCGGUGUUAAGGAUGCUUUUUUGGAGGCCGGAUCACCGAAAGACGAAAGGUUCACAUGGGAUACGCAGAAGAACCACAACAAAUUUGCUGGCCAAGCGCAAAUCCGAUUCGAUCGGGUUCUUUGGACGGGUCCUCUACAAAUUGUGAGCUUCAAAUUGGAAGGUCGUGAACGACUUCAAACCGUUGAUUGCUUCCCAAGUGAUCAUUGGGCCAUAAAUUGCACUUUUUCUGCACCU